CGAUCACUCCCCCCUGCACACAACACAAGCCCUCACUGCACUGCCAUAGUUACAGACAGCAGUAGUGCAUACCUGUAGGUACACCUGACCUGACCAAACCAGCCUCAACGCCACAUGGAUUCAAGCCAAGCUUCCUCCCUUUAGAGUCUACCCUUUCUCUCUUUGCCGAAGCUCUCCCGCGGCCCAGAUCUGAUACCUGUAUUCGCGCGGCGGGUGUCUGGUCUGGCGGCCGCCUCCGUUGCUCAACGCGAAGCGACGAUCUUGCGCGCUUCGCUGUCAAGCUGACCUGCCGGAUUAGGGUUCUCCCACGUCAGAUUCGCAGCCGUUGGUACCUCCCCGCGCUCCUCGCGCUCCCGGCACGUGCGCGUUCUGUUGACGGGUAUUGCAUUCGUCCCAUCUUCAUCCGAUCUCGCAGGUGCAGUGCAGCAGCAGCCGCACAAGUAGAGCACGGCAGAAGACGAGCAUAGAAGCGAGAAACGGUUCUCUCCAGGGCAGAGAAUCUGAUACCUCGUAGUAGCCGUUGAUCGCUGGACUUCCGGCGCUGUUCUGCCGCCCGCCGCACUCCCUUGGUUGGUUGCAGCCUGCAAAACGCUCCACAACAGGGUUCCGUUCCACCACACCUUAUCCCCUUCCAACCCCCCCAUGGCUUCUGGGGUGGGAGACCCCAGCAGCAGCAUUAAUGGCACCAGCAGCAGCAGCAGCGGCAGCAGCAGCGGCGGCGGUGGUGGCGGCAGCCAGACUACCAAUAAGAGCAGUACCGCGGCCACGGUGACUACUGACACUCCUCUGCCGUCCUCCGCCCCCUCCUCCCCGCCUGCAACCGCCUCCCAUGCGCCCGCCGCUUUCGGCUCCCCUUCCUCCACGGCACAGCCCCCCCCUGGCGCUGUGACCUCCUCUCCUGGCGCCAACGUGCGCUCCUCCCCCUCCUCCUCUGCAGCCGCUGCAGCAGCCGUUGCCAAGCUGUCCAUCGGGCCCACCCCUCUCAUGCUCCCCGCCACUGCUGCUCGUGGGAUCGUCCUCGAGUCCCCAGGCCCCUCCUCUGGGGUGGCGCCUUCCCCAGGUGUGCCUGCAUUCGCCCCGCCGUUUGGGGCCAGGUUUACGGACAGAGGGGGGAGCGUGAGCGCGGGAGGAGCAGGGGGAGGGGGAGGGGGAGGUAGCAGUGGGGGGAGAGUGGGGGAAGAAAUCGGUGAAACGGGUAUUGGAGGGGGGGGGAGGGGGAAGCAGCAAGAGAGAGCAGUAGGGGGGAGAGGUGUGAGGGGGAUGGAGGGAGUGAAGGAGGAUGAGGCUGAGGGGCGAGAUGUGGAAGUGGCUGGUACUGGUGGUGGUGGUGGUGGUUGUUCAAGCACAGGAGUCGGAGGAACCGUGGGAUCAAAUGGAGCAGGGCACCACCAUCAACAGCACCCCCACAUGCAUCACUCUCAGGCACAGGGUCAUAGCCAUGCCCAUGGCCAUGGUUAUGGGCAUACACAUGGCCAUGCACAGACACAUGCACAUGCACAUGCGCAUACGCAUGGGCAUGCACAUGGGCAUGCAGAGCGGCAUCAUGGGCCAAAUGCAGGAUCAGCAGCAGCAGCAGGGGGGGGAGCAGCAGCGGGGGGAGCAGGGGGGGCAGCUGCAGCAGCAGCAGCAGCAGCAGCAGCAGCAGCAGCAGCAGCAGGGGGGGGAGCACGGCCGCGCCUCAGAGUGGCGUAUGAGGGGAAUCGGGACGAGAGCGCGAUGAUGGCUGGCAGCAUGAAGUUUGCUCCCACUCCCAGACAAAAGGAUCCGCUUAACCGCUCCAUGGGGCGGUAGAUAGAGUUAGGGAGGGGUGCUGCUGAAGUCAAGUGGCAGACAACGAAGAGCCCACUGUGAAUUGUGCUGUGGUCCCUCAAUCCCUCGCUCCCUCUCGCGCUCUCUGCUCCCACCCUGCCCUCUCCCUUUUUCCUCUCACCUUCCCUUUCCCUCUCACUUCUUCCCCUUGCUCCACAUUCCUCUCCCCUCCCUUCUCCCCCCUCAUCUCCUCCCUCCCACUUACCGUACAUCUACCAUGGAUGCUGCUUUUUUGGCAAAUGCAUUAUCUUACCGUAUAAGCUCGGCUAAAGGACUCCCUGAAAUUUAAGCCCCAUGGAUCUUUUUAACGGGGUGGGUCUUAUCCUACGCAUCCAGAUAUUGAGGACCCCCUUUUUUGGCGCUUGUAGCAUGAGACCCCUUUCCAGCUAGCUAGCGGUCUGGGUGAGACUUCGCGUCAGCGCAUUUGGCAAAUGAGGUAAACUUGCUUGGCGCAUGCUGAGUGGUGAAAAUUUUCCAGCGCAAGCUCAGGAAACAGGCUUUGCGUCGUCCUUGUUUGUGUUGUGUGUCAGAAUAAUUGAGCUAGAAUGUGUGAGUACAAGGGUAUAUCGAAUAGGGUGUUGUACCCUCU